AUGCCUUCAGAGAAGGGUUUGGAUAGUGUACAGUAUGGUUUCAUCACUUUUGAAACUCAAGAAGAUGCACAAAAAAUUUUGCAAGAGGCUGAAAAACUUAAUUAUAAGGAUAAGAAACUGAAUAUUGGUCCAGCAAUAAGAAAACAACAAGUAGGGAUUUCUCGAUCUAGCAUAAUGCCAGCAGCUGGAACAAUGUACUUGACCACUUCAACUGGAUAUCCUUAUACUUAUCACAAUGGAGUAGCUUAUUUUCAUACUCCUGAAGUUGCAUCUGUUCCACAGCCAUGGCCUUCACGGUCCAUUUCCAGUUCCCCUGUAAUGGUAGCUCAACCUGUUUAUCAUCAACCUACAUAUCCUUACCAGGCACCUGCACAGUGUCUUUCAGGUCAGUGGCAAUGGAGUGUUCCACAGUCUCCUGCCUCUUCAACCUCAUUCUUUUAUCUUCACCCUUCUGAAGUUAUCUAUCAGCCACUAGAAAUUGCACAGGACAGUGGAUGUGUACCUCCUCCUUUCUCUCUAAUGGAAGCUGCAGUUCCAGAGCCAUAUUCUGAUCAUGGAGUUCAAGCAGCAUAUCACCAAGUUUAUGCCCAGAGUGCCAUAGCUAUGCAAGCACCUGUGAUGCAGCAUGAGCCAGUUAAAGAACCAAGGUUACAUUCUGUGAGAAGAAAUUUUUCACAUCCUUCAUCUGUGAGUUUGAAACCUCGAUAUACACGAAGCCCUCACUUUCAUCCUAGAAAAGACUACAGAAUGGAAGAUACAAUUCUCACUCCACCUUCCUCUACAGACUCUGUUAAAUAGACUCUUAGAUGUCUACUAUGCUAAUAUGUCUAGCACAUGGAGGGUAUGUAAUUUAGUAACUCUCAACAUUUACUGAGUAUGCCUAAAUUAAAAUGGCCUUUUUUUUUGUAAAAGGAAUAAAAAGAAAUCUUGCAGUUCAUGUCAGCAAACACAGGAUAUGCAGGAUAAAAUCAUGGUUUCCUUUAUCAAUUAAUGCAUAUUUAGGUGACAGACUUGUAUUUGUGAUAUACAGACUAUUGUAUAUGCACUAUUUAUUAAAGUAGUUUGAAAACAGCAUAUUUGUAUUACAGUAAAAAUCUAAAAUUCAUUUUUGUAUCAGAUACAACAACAGACAUUUUCAACAUUUGAGACAUUUUCUUGCAGACUGACAGCAUAUACUUGAUUUGGAUACCAAUUAUUUUAUUUUACAUAUUAUUAUUUAAAAAUAAUUGUAUUUUUUCACGUCAUGUAGUUUGUGUAACUUUAUUUUGUUGUUGUUGAAAUCAAAUCAGAUAAGAAUUCUUGCAUAGGUGUAAUUUUAGUUACUUUGUGAUAAGAAUUUUUAAGAAUAUAAUUUGGACCAUUUGUUUAUAAUUCUAUACCUUUAUCUGAGGCUGACACUGUUCUUAAAUACAGUAAACAAUACAUUCAUGUUUAUAUGAUUUUUAGCUAUAGAAAAUGAGCAAGAAUUUACUUAAUACUUUAUAUUUUAAGACAACUGAAAACCUGCACCUAGCAUUUAAGUAUUAAUAUUUUUCUACAGUCUAUGCAGGAUUAAAAACUCAUUGACUGACUAUAUCAUGUGUUGAGAUGGAAAACAAUUUUCUCCUCAGCUGCAAGGACUUAAUAAUUUAUUCCUUCUUUUUCCCCUUUGCCUUCCUUCCAUCUAUAUUAUUACAUUUUAAAUUCCUGAUAGAUUAAAACAUGACUACUGUAUUUAAUAUGAGUGCAAGCCAUGGCUUAUUGUUUAUGUAGUCUGAAAGUCUUUAUCUCUACCUUUCUUAUAUAUGUAAAAUGUUUUAACCUCUUUUUUUAAUUUUUGAACUGCUUGAUAGUGACUUUCCAACUGCAUUUGCAAUAUUUUGUUUUAGUUUUAUAUCAGGUGAAGGUCUUGCAGAGUGGGCAUUAUAUAUAGCAGUAGUAGAUACAUGCACAGAUAGUAUUCAGUCUUAUUUAAAAUCCACUCUAGCAAUCAGUGGAUUUCUUUUAUAUUGUGCUGGGCCUUAUUCGGCUCUUUCUUACACUGGUUUAACUCCAGUUGAUUGACAUUGCUGAGAGAGGAGAGUCAAUCCCAUAGUAUAUAAUUUUAUUUACUGUUUUAGUAACACUCCAAGACUAAAGCAGUUUUGCACCAUUGUUGAACAGAAACAAGAUCACACAUAAAUAUGAUUUAUACCUCUUGUAAAAAACGUUUGUGAUGACCCAACAACUGUCAUUUUUAACAGUUUAUGUCAAAAUGUAAAUAUAACUUGGGUUCUUGAGGAUAUCAGCUCAUUGUUUUGGGGCAGAUCUUCAACUGGUUUAAAUUGUCAUAGCUCCAUUGAGACAAUCUACGCCAGCUGAGCAUCUGCCCGGUUGUCUUUAUAUUUGGUUUAGGUUUUAGAAUUUAUCUGAAUAGAUAUGUUAUAGACAUUUUGGCACAUCCUAAAACUGCUUCAUCUAUGUGAAAGCAUUUGCUCAGUUGUAAAUACGGUUUUUGUAAGCAAAGGUAGCCAGGAAAGGUCUUGUGUUCUGUUAUUACAGCCUUAUUUCUAAUAUCAUGAAACAAUAUACAUAUCAAUUUGACUCAUGUUUAGAGUUCACAGUUUUAGUUUGUUCUUUAUUCUCCUAAAACAUUAGUUUUAUUACAAUAUUUUUUAAAUUAUAGAGGUCCAAGAAGUAAAUUUGUUAUGCAGUAAUGUGUUCAGCAAUUUUGGUUUACAUCUGAAGUCUUUUGAUCUAAUUUCUCAAAGGUGAACAAAUAUUAUGCAGUUGUUGAUAUGUAUAUCAGGUAAAGGGUAUCUAAAAAGCCCAGAUAUUCACACAUUUAUUAUUUUCAUUUAUAGGAACAGAUUUUAGAUUAUAAAUAUUGACUUUUGGUUUUAUUUUCUUCAGAAACAUAAGGGGGAAAAUAAUCUGUGAAAUAACAAAUGUUAGUCUGAUAAUUUUAUUAGUAAUGCAAAAAUAAAAGAUGGCACAAUAUCCAUUUUGAAAAAUCUCUCUCAUACUCAAUCUGAGUGACUAUGCAUUUAUUUUAUAAAUAAUGUAACACGUUCCCAGUGCUACAAAGGCAGAUGCAGUAUCUCAUUUAAAGAUCAAGCUUUUAACUAUAGUAUUAACUGUCGUUUUUUUUAAUUGAAGAGCUCCAUUGACACCUAUGAAGCUCUACACAUGUGCAUGGGAGGAGGCCUACCCAAAUCAGAUUGCAGGAUCAGUGCCUAUACCAAUACUAUUCUUUGUCAAGAUAAUCAAAUAUGACAAAUUUUCCUCCUCUUCAGUAUCCUCAUCCACUGACAACCUUUGAUGUUGAAGCCAAAUUAAUUUUCUGACUUAGCCACCCAGUUUGUAUUUUCAUAAUGCUAGAAAGCUAGCUUUCAAAGUACUACUAACAACUGAUACUGACUGAAUUUUGUAUUCUAGAUAGUUAUGUGGCAAAAUGCUAGUGUGAACAUUUGCUGUAGGGAACACUGGAAAAUCAUAUUUACCAGAGAUUUUGACUGACAGAAAAAUUACAUCUGAACUGAUAUCAAUGAUCAUCAUCGCUCCCAAACAUUUUUUAUGCAUUAGAUCAAGGAAUGUCAUAAUGUUAAAUAAAGUAGAUUUUCCUCUAUUUGGAUAGUAAAUACCUGUUUUGAAAGGUUAGAAGUAGCAUUAACACAAAAUAUUAAUCUUUCUUGAGAACUAGCAAACAAUUCAGUUUCAUCAUAAAACAAUUUAAUUUGCCAUUUUAAUGUGAUUUUUUUUUGUAUUUAAGGUAUUCUAAAAUGCAUUUACCAAAAUAGGUUGCAUUAAGACAACAAUUUUCUGUGUCUUAUACAAUUUUUUUAUCAUUACGUUAAUGAACAAACUGCAUUCCAAUAACAAUUUAGUAAACGCUAACAGAACACAUGGCUUUACCUGUAUGUUAGCAUAGUUUUAAAAUGUAGGAAGUUUCAAGGAUGCGCCUUUGUUGUAAGAUAGGUUUGUAAAAAUGUGUUAAAGGUAAAGUAGUGUAGUAAUUUCAGCUCACCUGGACUAAAGCUUUCUUCACUUCAUGACAGCUCUCUAUUUAAGUGAAGAAAACAAACAUUUAACAAGUCAUUUUUUAAAGAAAUGAAAACUAUAAUAAGGAUGUCUUAAUGAUACAUCUGUACACUCCUAUCAGAAAACUAGAACCUGUUGUGACAAAAAAAAAAAAAAAAGUUUGAAAUGUGGUAAGCACUUAUCAUGCUUGGCUAGCUGUACUGUGUAGCUCUCAUUUUAAAGUAAAUACAAAAUAAUUUAUUUAAGACGUAGCAGAAGGGUACAGGUCUCUUUUGGACCUUUUGAGAUAUUAAUAUUUUUAAAAUAUAUUUAAAAUGAUAGCUUUAAGAGAGCCAUAUUGUUAUUUUAUACCAUAGCCUCUUUCCAUCAAAAUUAGCUGCAGUUAAUAAUAAAUGUAUACAUUAAAUAUAAACAGAAUGCUCUUUAUGUGGUUCAUAAUAAAGUUUCUGAGUAUUUUGACUUUUGGAAAUUGAAGCAUGAUCAAACUAAAGCUGACAUGUGACAUACAGUUUAAGUUUUGUCUUAUAUUAGUAUGCAGGAUUUUAGCUAAUCGGAUGAAUGUUUGCUUUGAUAAUAUAUUCCAGGUGCAUUUAAUCUGGUUACUGCAGCCUUGUUCAGUAAGGUGCUGUUGAUGUACAGAAAUAAAUGUUUAAACAAUAAAUUCAUAGACCUUAAGAUUUUAGUAAACCUGUUACCAUUUAGAAUAGUAAAACAAACAUCUAAUUUUGUGUUAAAACUGUUUGUGUGAAAUAUAGUAAUAAAAACAAGUUUCUGUAGUUUGUAACUUCUAAUUAAACUUUGUUUUUGUAACUAAAAGGUUAAUUCAAAUAAAUUUUCC